AUGUAUUCGCGCGAGCAGUUCAUGAACCCAGGGCCGGCUCCUCGCCCGCCUACAGACCGGCCGCAGCUGAGCACAGUGUCGACCAUGUCGUCUGUCAGCUCGGCGGCGACCUCGUUCGACCGGAUGAACAUCAAUUCGCCCUCGACACCCUCGCUCUCCAUAUUCCCGAACUCGUCUUCGCUCUCGCUGAGCCAGAAGACCACCGGCCAGGGCGGCGUCGCCGUCAUCAAGGAGGGCUACGUGCGGUGCAAGGAGGACAAGUUCCUCGCCAGCUGGAACCAGCGCUACCUCGUUCUACGCGAGUUCCGCCUCGACUUCCUCAAGAACGAGACCGGCAAGAGCGUGCUCUCCAUCCAGCUCAACAAUGUCAUGAACGUGACGCGGUCAGAGGAUACCAAGAUGGCGUUCGAGAUCACCAGAGUGGCCAACCCCAAGGACGCAAACACCCGCAGCCCGUUGGCCGGCCGUGACGUCGCUACCAAGACCAUUACCUGUGAGGUCAAGAGCGACGACGAAAUCUACGACUGGAUCGAUAAGAUAUACGAACGAUGUCCCGGCAUGGGCGGCGUCAGUAACCCUACCAACUUCAGCCACCAGAUUCACGUCGGGUUUGACCCCCAGACCGGUGCCUUUGUCGGUCUCCCGCCAGAGUGGGAGAAGCUCCUGACGGCCUCUGCCAUCACAAAGGAAGACUACAAGAAGAACCCCCAGGCUGUCAUCGAAGUGCUCGAGUUCUACUCCGACAUCAGAAUGCGCGAGCAGAACCCCCAGUACUUCCCGGGCAUGUCCAAUCCCACUCCCACUCCACACAACAUGCAGCCUCUCCGCAGUCACGGCCACAGCCACGGUGUAGCUCCCCCGAGACCCCCUCCGCCAACGGGGCUCCAGCGUCUAGAUACCAGCCAGUCCAUGCGCGCACACGACGACAGGUCUCCGGGUGGCAGCGGCUCUCCUGCACAGUCGGCGCAGCGUAAGGCCUCAGAUCCCGCUGACCGGCCCUACGACCAGCAGUACACCCCAGACCGGUCCAAGGAGAUGCCCCAUCCAGACCAGAGGAGGAGAAUGGAAGAAGAAGCCCGUCGUAUUCGUGAAGCACAGAGACAGCGUGAGGAAGAGCAGAACCGCCGAGAACAGGAAGCCUACAAUGCCUCCUUGCCCAAGACUAGAGUACCAAUUGCACAGCAGGAGCUCGGUGGGUACGGUGGUCCUCGAGAGUCACCCAGCACAUCCACCAGCAGCAGCAGCAGGUAUAACCCUUCUCGACCCGCUCCCCAGGCCCCCUCCAGCGACAGAUCUCGACAGCCACAGCAGGACCCAAGACAGAUUACUGCCCAGCGCCCAGCUCCCUCUCCACCAAGAAACGGUGGCCCAUCACACUCCAGAGACGACCACGGAGCUCAGCGCAGUGCUCCUCGUCCAGACCAGAGCCGACAGCAACCUUCCUCCUCGCGCUAUGCUGGCAACGACAGCCGCAGCCCAGCUCGCACCCAACCACGCCAGCCAAACGGCUCUGCUGCUGCCGGCCAACCCCCCAGCCGUCUCCCUGCUCCAGUACAGGCCGUUAAGCCUCUUAACGUUGCUAACAAGCAUGGUCCUGCUGCUAACAAUAAGAUGAACGGAGCCUCAGACGGUGUCCGUCAAGCUGAAGCCGCCCUAACUAAGAAACCAGACCCAUCCCGCCAAAAGGAUGUCCGCAUGUCAACCAUGUCCGAGAGCGAGGUCAUGGAGAGACUCCGCCAGGUCGUUUCAAAGGAGAACCCCAACGAGUCGUACAGCAAGCAACGAAAGAUCGGACAGGGUGCCUCUGGAUCCGUGUACGUUGCUCGUGUCAAGGAGAACGCAAGCUCACCUGUCGCCCGUGAACUGUAUCGCACUCAUGGCCCUCGUGGCCAGGUUGCUAUCAAGCAGAUGGAUCUAAGAAGUCAGCCUCGCAAGGAGCUUAUCGUCAACGAGAUUAUCGUCAUGAAGGACAGCCAGCAUCCCAACAUCGUCAACUUCCUCGAUUCGUUCUUGCAGGAGUCUAGCAAUGAACUGUGGGUUGUUAUGGAGUUUAUGGAGGGAGGUGCCUUGACCGAUGUCAUUGAACAGAACCCUGUCAUUCAAGAAGACCAGAUCUCCACUAUUUGCUACGAGACAUGCAAAGGUCUAGCCCAUCUACACGGCCAAAACAUCAUCCACCGUGAUAUCAAGAGUGACAACGUCCUCCUAGAUAGAGUCGGAAACGUGAAAAUCACUGACUUCGGCUUCUGUGCCAAACUCACCGAAUCCAAGAGCAAGCGUGCAACCAUGGUCGGAACUCCCUACUGGAUGGCUCCCGAAGUCGUCAAACAGAAAGAAUACGGCCCACGAGUCGACGUCUGGUCCCUUGGAAUCAUGGCAAACGAGCUCAUCGAAUCCGAACCCUCCAUAUUCAACGAAAGAACCCCUCAAGGCCCUCUACCUCAUCGACACAAACUAAUACCCCAGGCCUCAAGAAACCAGAGAAACAAGCAAGGAACUCAAGUCUUUCCUCAGCCCAGCCUUGCUGAGCUACUACGAUUCAAGAAGAACUCCUCUAACUAA